CUCAGCAGCCUCCGCUCUCCCUCAGCACAGCACCGAGCCUGCGCAGCCAUGUUGCCAUAGGGAUGAGCCGAGCGCCGACUGGUGACAGAAGUGUCAGGGAGCACGGGGCGGGGACUCGGUCACCUGCUCGCCUGCAGCAUUUGAACAUGGAGGAAUCCCGGGCGGAAGAAAGCGGACAAGACGAGGCUCAGGAUGGUGAAGAGGAGGCGGAAAAAGAAGGAGGCUACGGAGAGGAUGAAAGGCGGAGGAUGGAGGCAGAGCAGGGGGCGGGGCCUCUCAGACCCUCCGUCCUGGACAUCCAGUUGGCCUUAGAACGUUUAUGUGAGGAUGGAUAUGGAGAGCAACCAUCAGAAUCUGACAAACAUAUUUCUUUGGAAAAUAGCCAAGAGGAUUCCCUGGAAAGUUUUUCUAGAUGCCAUUCUCCUGCUAAGAUAGUUAAUGAACUUUUUAAGGAAGCAAAGGAGCAUGGAGCUAUUCCUGUAGAAGAAGCAAGCAAAUUGUCAGAACUUUUUAAGCUAAGGUCUUUUUCUGGUGGUGGUUACAAACUGGGCGAUUCAUUAAUAAAACAGUCGGAAUACAUACAGUCAGAUGAGCUCUUUGCUGGAGGACCAGAUGUGCAAAUAUUACUAAAACUAUGGAGCAAUGGGUUUAGUAUAGAUGAUGGAGAGCUUCGCUCCUACGCAGAUCCAGUCAAUGCUCAGUUUCUGGAAUCUAUUAAGAGAGGGGAAAUCCCUUUAGAGCUCCAGUGGAUGGUACAUGGGGGUCAAGUCAGUUUAGACAUGGAAGACCAUCAAGACCAAGAAUAUGUUAAACCUAGGCUAAAAUUCAAGGCCUUUAGUGGUGAGGGCAAAAAACUCGGAAGCUUGACUCCAGAAAUAAUCAGUACACCUUCAUCUCCUGAAGAAGAACACAAACUAUUUUUAAAUACUGAGAUUCAACUUGAUAGACGUGUUCCAACAACAAAAAUUCAGAUAAGACUGGCUGAUGGAAGUCGCUUGGUCCAGAGAUUCAACCUCAGUCAUAGAAUUACGGAUAUACGUCACUUUAUAAUCCAGUCUCGCCCAGACUUUGCACAGACUGACUUUGUCUUGGUGACCACAUUUCCCAACGCAGAACUUACAGACGAAGACCAGACCUUAGAAGAAGCCGAUAUACUCAACACUGUGAUUCUUCAGAGAAUUAAGUAACUCUGCCUUUACACUGGCUGUAGCUGAAGAAAUAUUUUAAGUGCCAUUCCUGCCUCCAACCAGUAGAAUUUAUAUAUUCUCCCAUUAUGUAGUUAUCCUAUAGCCAUCAGUAUAUUGCUGAUGUUUAGAAAUGUAAGAUAGAUAUUUUACAUUGCCUUUUUUUCUUGAAGCAAAUAGUAUAGUUUUUACACACCGUCCAAUUUUAUAUUACUAUAUAAUUAAAAGGGUAUUCCAAGUUUAUAAAUCUUAUUCCCUAUCCAAAGGAUAGGGGAUAAGAUGUAUGAUCACAAAGGUCCCACUGCUGGGGACCCCAACGAUCUCUGUGCAACUCCGGCAUUCUGUGCCGGGCGCUGAAUCAGAGACCGGGGACGUGACGUAACGGCCACACCCCCUAGUGACAUCACACCACACCCCCUCCAUGCAUGUCUAUGGGAGGGGGGCGUCAAUAGUUUCAAUGUUAUGGCUGACCAGUGUAUAUGAAAAGCCAAUGAUGAAAAUGCAUCAUGUUUAGACUAUUUGAUAUUUCUGAAUAUAUUUUAUAUAGUCAAACCACUGGAUGCAUAAUAUAUGGAUAACUGCAGGUAGGAGGUUCUCUAUUCACCAGAGGGUUGUUAUAUGAUUUAUCAUUGUAUUACCACAGAUUCUAAUUACACCCCAUUUGGGUACAAGACUCUCAACGCGUUUCUACU